AUUUCUAGUUGUGGGAUUCCUUAAGGAAUCAGUUAAACUUUCUCUCGUUAAAUAAGUUGUUUGCUGAUUGAGUGGAUUCUUUGAAAUGGGAAGGGGAGCGCUAGGGUUUCUUGUCCUUUGGUUAUUGAUCAGAUCUGCACUAGUAGGGGCCUCUGUCAGCUUGUCAUUCCCUGCCAUGGAUAGUUAUCAAAAGCAUGUCCAUGAGGAGUGCGCCUUUACCAGAUAUCCUGGCCUAUGUGUUGAAAUCUUGGUCGGAUUGGACUCGGGAAAUCAGCCUAUUGACUUUAUUUCCACUCUUCUUGGCCAUGCCCUAUCUGAAGCGAAGCUGACUCAUUCCGACUUCGCCAAAUUCAGCUCCCAAUUUGGAGCCCAAGAUGCCAAAACCGCUGAUUCUGUCGCAGGCUAUUGUCAAGAGCUAACGAAAAUGUCUCUCAGGCGGCUGGACCAGUCCCUGCUAGCUCUCAAACAAUCUCCAAAGAAAAACAAGCGUGACAUCCAAACAUGGCUAAGUGCUGCCUUGACUUUCCAACAAGCUUGUAAAGACACAGCCGACAGCCUCAGUGUCUCCGAAGAGUUCAUUGUUCAGCUAUCAAAGAAGAUGGAUUAUCUAUCUCAAUUGGUGAGUAAUCCCUUAGCUCUUGUUAACCGGAUCACAGGGAAGUCAAGGAACAACAAAACUCGCCCUCUUGGUCAAGAUCAAGCUACUUUUCCCAAGUGGGUCUAUGCCCGAGAUAGAAAGCUACUUCAGGCAACCCCCAUAAAGGCGAACGCAGUAGUUGCAAAAGAUGGAUCAGGUAACUACGAAACUAUCUCCAAAGCUAUCGAGGCUGCUUCUGGGAAACGGUUCGUGAUUUAUGUGAAGUCAGGAGUUUACAGGGAAAAGAUUCGCACUAACAAAGAUGGCAUUACUUUGAUAGGAGAUGGCAGAUAUUCCACUAUUGUAGUUGGUGACGAUAGUGUCGCCAAACACACUUCCUUGCCAGCCACUGCUACUUUCACAAUCACAGGUGAUGGAUUCAUUGCUCGCGAUAUUGGUUUCCAAAAUACGGCAGGUCCUCAAGGACAACAAGCCGUGGCUCUGAGUAUUGCUUCGGAUCAUUCAGUUCUCUUCAGGUGUACUAUUUCAGGCUACCAAGACAGCCUCUAUGCGCUUGCCCUCCGUCAAUUCUACAGGGAAUGUGAUAUAUACGGCACCGUAGACUUCAUCUUUGGAAACGCUGCAGCUGUUUUUCAAAGCUGCAAUUUGAUACUACGCAGACCACACAGCGGUUAUAAUGUGAUCCUUGCCAAUGGAAGGAACGACCCUGGACAAGACACUGGCUUCUCCAUUCACAAGUGUAAUAUCAGGGCGAGCUCGGAUUUUUAUCCGGUUAAAUAUUCCUACAAUUCGUAUCUAGGAAGGCCCUGGAAGCAGUACUCUAGAUCAGUGAUAAUGGAAUCUACCAUUGAUGAUUGUAUCGCAUCCAGAGGUUGGAUUGAGUGGCCUGGAGCUUCGAGCUCCUCUCUCAGGACACUUUAUUUUGCAGAAUACUCCAACGUAGGGCCCGGGGCAAGACUUUCCAAGAGAGUACAGUGGCCUGGAUUUCAUGCUAUUGGAGCUGAAAAAGCUGUUGAGUUCACCGUCGCUAACUUCAUUGAUGGUACAUCAUGGCUGCCUCCCACUGGAGUAACGUUCAUCUCCGGCCUGUAGUGGUUUGAAAUGAAAGGAUAUUUGGAUUGUUAUGGUCUUCUAGGUAGGUUAAUUUAUGUCCUAAUUUUAGAGUGCCGAAAAUAAAAGAAAUAAAAGUGUUAUAGACAUAAAUAAAUUUAAUAAAAAUAAA